AUGGAGCGUCGGAAUUAUCUACCGCCAAGUGCAUUGAGGCUCCGGGGCGACCCGCCGGAAUUCGAAGACCGUCGGAAUAUCCUCCGCGUCCCACCACCCCAUGCCGGAGUUCACCCGGCGGCGGGGCUCAUGAUGGAGGACCACCGCAUAGCUUCCCAGCAACGCCAUAUCGAAACCCUGUUUCGCGAGAACGAUCGCCUCGCCGUCUCGAACGUCGGGCUGAGGCGGGAGCUCGCCGCCGCCGAGCAGGAGCUCCGGCACCUCUCUUCCACCGCCUCCGCCGUCAAGGCCGAGGCGGAUGCUCAGGUGAGCGAGGUGUACGAGAAGUCGCUUAUAAUGGACUUGGAUAUCCGCGCCGCCGACGACGAGCUCCGAAAUCAGUGGGCCCAGGUGACCGCCGAUGUUGAGAAACUGAACGCCCGGCGUACAGAGCUCGUUGCUCAGAUGAAGGAGAUCGGCGAUGAGCAGAUGAGGAUUCUCCCGGAGGUGAAGCAGUUUCAGGCGAUCAAAGCUGAGAUCGAUACCAUGCGCAAUGAAGUUCAAAGAGGAAGGGCUGCUGUUGAAAAUGAGAGGAAGAUGUACGCCACUCACCUUCAACAGAGCCAGGUAAUGGAGAGGCAUAUAGCUUCUAUGGACGCUGAAAUAGAAAGGCUGCACAUUCAACUUGAACAUGCAAAGAGUAGAGAAAGGGCAGCUGCUGCUCUUGCAGGUUUACCAGUUCAAUGGUAG